AUGCAAUGGCUGGGCUGCCAGCCUCCUGGCUCGGUAUUAUACGUUUCGUUUGGCAGUUUUCUGUCAGUUUCAGCUGCCCAAAUGGACGAGAUUGCUGCUGGGCUACGUGAGAGCAGAUGCCGGUUCCUUUGGGUGACACGAUUUGACAAAACGCGGUUGGAGGAGAUUUGUGGUAAGAAGGGGUUGGUGGUGGAGUGGUGUGAUCAGUUGUCUGUGCUUUGCCAUCCCUCUGUAGGAGGGUUCUGGACGCACUGUGGGUGGAAUUCAAUGAAGGAGGCCGUGUUGGUCGGCAUGCCGUUGCUGACUUUCCCAAUAGUUAUGGACCAAGCGCCUAAUGCUAAGGUAAUAGUUGAAGAUUGGAGAGUGGGAUGGAGGGUAAAGAGGGAGUAUGACGAAGAUGAUUUGGCAAGUAGCAGUGAGAUAGUGGAGAUUGUACGGAGGUUUAUGGACUUGGAGAGUCCGGAGAGGAAAGAGCUCACUAGAAAUGCCAGACAGUUGCAGGAGGUUUGUAAAAGAGAGUUGGCAGGUGGGUCAUUCGAAAAGGAGGUGGAUGGUUUUGCUACAUCAAUCCUAGAAAAUAGUCUCUGA